AUGAAUCACUCACGCGUGCUGAGGGCCACGAAUAUUGUACUCCUGCUGUCGGGCUAUCAGAUAUAUUGGCUGGACUCAAAGACCCAGCGUUUCCGACUGUCCCUGCCCGGGGUUGUCUAUAUCUUAGCGCUGGGGUGCAUAUAUGCAGCCUGCUUUUCCCAGCACUUUGAUGCAUCUUCAUCGCUGCUGACGAUUCUGAAGAAUGUAUCGUCAUUUCUUUUUGGAUUGACAAGAUUGCAACUUUUGCUGGGUGUCAAAGUGUUUAGUUAUGCGGUAUACUCAUCCAUAAGAGCUGUGGGAGUAAUCAACCCAUUGAUGGAGUCUUUGGCUGGAAAGGCAAGUGGAUUCCGGAAAGAAGAGGCCAUGGCGUAUGCCCUCUUGACCUCUACUUUUGGGAUACUCCUCUGCUUUGGCUUCUACAUUGCCUACGAAAUGAAAUUCGAGCUGCCUCCCCUUCAAGAUGCCAUGAUUGGAACGGCUCUCCUUAUACCACAUCUUUGUCUUGCCGGAUCCCUGAGAAUGUACAACAUUUUGGCCUGGCUAACGCGUGGACAGUUGAAGGAGAUCAAAACAAAUGUGGAGGAAGCACUUGAUGCCAACUUAAAGAAAGAUGACGAGGAAAUUGCUUCCACAUCUUUCACCGUGCCUGUCAGUAAUUCCAGUCUGGACAGCCUCGAGAGUCUGCAUAAGCAAUUGGUGCUCCUUGGAACCCGAUUUGGUCGUUUUUUCAAGGCCAUGCAGCACUCUCUGUUGUUUCUGGUCACCAUGAAUGGCAAUUGUCUUCUAGUUGGGAUCUAUUCUUACGUUUACUAUCGAAAUACCUGGUAUGUGCUCUUUGAGGAUCGCAAACGGAGAAUCUUCUAUGCGGCGAAUGCCUCCAUUUAUGCCUGCAUUGCUUCGGAUUAUGUGUGUCUUCUUUUGGUGCAGUUUUUUAUGGAAAAAGAGCGUCUUGGCUUUCUGACAAGCCUUGAUUCUUUUCUCUCUCAAAGGAAUGCUUUGUCGAAACGCAUUCGCUGUCUGGCCAAGGAUAUUAAGGGCACUCUACUCAAAACUUUCCACCACAAAUUUCUAUCCCUUUGGCGCUUUGAUAUUAUUCAUUUCGUUUUUUUUAAUAUUUUUAAACAUUUGUUUUUACAGAUGCUAUUGUUUCAAUGCGUUAUUAUUGCCCUGAUUGUAAUGUAUCAUUACUUGAGUGAUGAAAUUUUACAAUUGAAAGAACAAUUAGAUUCGGCAGAUGAUGAAUAAAGAAUAUUGGAAAAAUAUCAAGUGAGGGCAGUGAUUUCUGCUACAUAAUUCGAUAUCUACUCUAUGCAAAGCCUAAUCUAUAAAUUUAUCCGUUCACCUGGGUCAAACAGUCCGAAGAAACAAAUCACGAUUACGAUGCUAAUAAAAUAGGCCCUGCUCCCUCAAUCAAAGUACAAUUUUUGUGGCACUCGUUAGAGAUGGCCAAACUUAAGAGAAAUAACGAUAGAACUAAG